GGUUUCGCGUCUUUGUGUACUCUUCUUCUACAAGGUUGUGUUUAUGUUACGUGAAGAGAUGGACAGGAUCAGCCAGUUUCCCGAUGAACUUCUAUUGAAGGUACUAAUGUUUCUUCCGACAAGAACUGCUGUAAGCACGAGUGUUUUGUCCAAGAGAUGGGAGUUUAUUUGGAUGUGGUUGCCUAAGCUUGAGUACGAGUACACCGAUCACUCGCACUGGUUAAGGGAUUUUGUUAAUUUAAAUAUGCCAUUACAUAGAGCUCCCGUCAUAGAAACCUUUCGUCUAAACUUGAAGAAUAGAUCAGUUAAGUCUAAGGAUAUCAGACUGUGGAUUGUAAUUGCAGUUUCUCGCUCCAUCCGUGAGUUAAGCAUCAACCUUAGCUUUUACUGCCGUGCUACUAAAUUGCCGAGUAGUGUGUAUAUCUGCAAAUCGCUAGUGGUCUUGAAACUAAUAGACUACAUACUCGUGGAUGUUCCUCGUUUGGCUAAUCUUCCUUCCUUGAAAACUUUGCUCCUUCGACGUGUGACUUACUUUGAUGAGAAUUCUAUACAACGACUUGUUUCUAGUUGCCCUGUCCUUGAAGAUCUAGUUAUAGAACGAGUUAGAGAGGAUUUUAAUUGGCCCGAUUACGAGGAUUUUAUAACAUGGAAUUUAUGCAUCCCGUCCUUGCAGAGACUAGCCUUAAAGAUUGCAACAUAUGUUGAUUUUAAUGAGCUUGUGAUAAACACUCCUUCUUUGAAGUAUUUCAAAUUAUGUACACAUUAUGAUUGGGGAGGUGGAGAUGUUGCUAGCUACUCGUACGAUUUUAAAGAUAUGCCUAUGUUAGAGGAGGCAGAUAUCGAAUCGAGAUAUCUUGACACCAACAACUUUAUUAGAUCAAUCACAUCUGUCAAGCGGCUUUCGUUAUGCGUAAGAUCAGUCAAUGCGGACGAGGCUUUGAAUUGUGAGGGUAUUGUCUUCAACCAGCUUGAGAAUUUGAAGCUCUGUCUAUGUGAUACAAAUUGGUCAAAGUUACUUGUCCCGUUACUCGAAAAAUCUCCUAAUUUACAAAGGCUAGAGAUUGAUCUGAAUGAUGAUCAUAAAGAUAGUUGUGUGGAUCAUCAAUUGGUUAGCUUGGAGAAUCAACUGAGUUAUGUUCCUGAAUGUUUGAGGUCGAGUCUCAAAACUUUCAAGUGGAAAGGGAGACAUGGAUCGCAGACAGAGAUAGAUGUGGUUAAGUACAUUUUGAGAAAUGCUCGUUGCUUAGAGACUGCGGCUAUCUUAUUUCAUCAGUCUACUCCAGAGACAGAGGAUAAACGUAAGAUGAUGAUGAUCCAGGAGUUGUUACCUUCUUCUCGAAGCUCAACAACAUGCCAACUCGUAUUUGAUUGAAGAGGAUGUUUUUUCAUUUACUAUAUCGA